AAAUAAACCUGUAAGUUUCUUUAGCUGUAAGUCACGACCACUGAAGAUGGAAGAAACGCGUGUACCCAACCUCAUUGGUCAGUUUUUAGACAGACAUCAACGAGUGACUACAGUCUCAUUAUGACACAGUUUGUUAAACUCCAUUCACUUCAAAAAGUCUACAUUGUUCAUUAAAAAAUUGCUAAAAAAACCCAUCUCCACUCUCUUUCUCCUUUGAUCAUAUACUCUCUCGAGUGUUGGCUCUCUGUUUCACUCUCUCUGCCCAUACAUGGAAGACGGAGAUUCUAACCAAGAACAUCCCCAACCUCUUACCACAAACCACGACGCUUCCUCCCCCAAGAAGCCAUCCACUUCCUCCAUCGUCGUUGACAGGCUAAAACGCGAUGAAUGGAGCGAAGGAGCUGUGUCGAGUCUACUCGAAGCCUACGAGACGAAAUGGGUACUCAGGAACAGAGCCAAGCUCAAGGGCCAAGACUGGGAAGACGUGGCUAAACACGUGUCUUCACGCGCUAGCCACACCAAGUCUCCCAAGACUCAGACGCAGUGCAAGAACAAGAUCGAGUCCAUGAAGAAACGGUACCGUUCUGAGUCUGCAACUGCCGACGGAUCCUCUUGGCCUCUUUACUCUCGUCUUGAUCAUCUCCUCCGCGGAAAUGCUUCCACCUCUGUCCAGCCUCAGCCUCAGGCUGUUCUGCCUCUGAAUUGCUCUGCUCCUUUGCUCUUACUCGAGCCUCCGUCGCUGGCGGUGACUCAUCCGCCGCAGCAACCUCCUGCUGCUCAGAUGUCUCACGGAUCCAACGGCGUCGGCACGAUUAAGGUCACUAAACCAAUCUUGUUAUGUUUCCCGGAGGAGGGAUUCAAGGACGAUCACAAACCUGAGAGAGCGACGGAGAUGGAUACAGAUAGUAGUACGCCAGUGCUCUGCAGAGAGAAAGCGAAGGUGAGGCCGAAGAAAGUAAGGAGAAGGUACAAGGAAGAGAAGGAGGAGAUAGCUGGAAGCAUACGGUGGUUAGCAGAGGUGGUGAUGAGAACGGAGAGAGCGAGGAUGGAGACGAUGAAAGAGAUAGAGAAGAUGAGAGCUGAAGCAGAGGUGAAGAGAGGAGAGAUGGAUUUGAAACGAACGGAGAUAAUGGCCAACACUCAGAUAGAGAUUGCUAGACUCUUUGCAGCUUCUGUACAAAAAGGUGGUGUUGAUUCUUCACUAAGGAUUGGAAGAAACUGAGAAAUUUUAUUAUUGUUCACUGAGGAUGAAUGGUUAAAACUACAAAUGUAUGGUUAAAUAAUAAUAAACAUGAUCAUUGUAGCU